AAAGGGGAAGGGCGAAAAAUGUUCAGAGCUUCUUGUAAUCUGAGACCAAUAGCAACAGCGCCUCCAGCUCUGAAUGCUCUUCUCACUCCCAACCUCCACCUCUCUUCUCCUUCUAAUCUCCCCACAGUCUCCACUUUUGCACCGCUCUGUCACCCUACUUUUCUCUCUCACACCUCCUGCAAACCCGCUUCUUCCCGCGAGAGGCGGCUUCCGCUGCGCCUGAUGGGUACUCCCUUUCCCCCCAGGAGCACAGCUUCGUUUAGUGCUGAAAGCGGCUCUGGAACUGGAAGGGAAAUAUUGGUGCAGCACUUGCUUCUUAAGGAAGACAGCCUUGAACUUCUUGUGGAUCUUCAGAAGAGAGUUUCAGCAGGUGAGGAUCUCAGUGAUCUUGCUACGGAAUACUCAAUAUGUCCAUCCAAGGAAGAGGGGGGAAUGCUUGGAUGGGUGAGAAAGGGGCAAAUGGUACCUGAGUUUGAGGAGGCUGCUUUUAGUGCAUCUUUGAACAAAGUUGUAAGGUGCAAAACACAAUUUGGAUGGCAUUUAUUGCAAGUACUUUCAGAGAGGGAAGAAUCAUUACUUCAAGACAUUAAACCUGAGGAGCUUCAUGUGAAGAUGCAAGAUCCCAGUUUCGUAGAUGAGGCACAAUUAAUUGAUGUUCGAGAACCUGAUGAAGUAGCUCAAGCAUCUUUGCUGGGUUUCCAGGUUCUUCCUCUUCAACAAUUUGGGAGCUGGGGACCUGAAAUAACUACGAAGUUUGAUCCUCAAAAGGAUACUUAUGUUAUGUGUCACCAUGGCAUGCGAUCAUUACAGGUUGCCAAGUGGUUGCAGACACAGGGUUUUAAGAGAGUAUACAAUGUUUCUGGCGGAAUUCAUGCGUAUGCUCAGAAGGCUGAUCCAACAAUUCCUACUUAUUGAUAUGUAUUUCCUCAACUUCAAUCACUUGUGUUUCUUUCUGUUAUAAGAUUUGGACGUCUAAGCAAGUGGUUCGGGAUUAUCUGUUUUUCGCUAUAUAUUCAAGUGCAUUACAGUUCUAUAUAUGUUGGACAAAUACAGAUGCUGAUUAAGCUAAACUAAUGCAUAAGGUUUCCAUGCUA